CAGCAAUCGAACUUCUGCUUUGUGGUUAAAGACAAGCGCUGUGCUGUACUCAGCAUGAGACAGAGGAAGUACAGAUAUUCGUAUAUAGCUCCAUAAACAACUGCAGGAUUUCACUAGUUAAGAUUUUUAUAAUGGGGGCUCAAAAUUCAAAAUCAACACACAAAAAACAAGCCAGAGUUGUCAUGAUGGGCCUUGACUUUUCAGGAAAAUCGACUAUUUUAUACAGACUUAAACUGAAUCAGAUAGUGGAGACAUUUCCAACUGUUGGAUUCAAUGUGGAAUCGCUUGAAAUGGCCAAGAAUGUAUUUGUAACUAUUUGGGAUGUCGGGGGUCAAGAUAAACUCAGAUCAAACUGGAAGGAGUACCUAGAAGACACGGAUGUUCUGAUCUUUGUAGUAGACAGCUCUGAUAUCUUCAGACUACCUGAUGCUACGGCCGAACUUUUAACUGUUUUGAACAAUGCAAACAUGUCUGGUAUUCCAUUUUUAAUUUUGGCCAAUAAGCAGGAUGUGCCUGGUGCAGAACCUAUCAAGGAACUUGUACAUGUGCUAAAAUUGGAAAAUUAUGAUGAUAGACCUUGGGAGAUACACGGGUGCAGUGCGCAUACAGGAGAAGGGCUUGUUGAAGCAAUGCAUGCUGUCUCCAGGCUUUUAAAAAAGUCUCCAAACCUUUGAACCUGUACUGUUUUGUUAAAGAUUAUUUAUCAGUAAAGGAAUACCAACGAGCAUUUGGCAAAUCCAGGUUAUUACUGAAACUUUGUUUACAUGUCAGUUUUCUUCAAUUGGGACUGGCUGUUUUAACAUUUCAAAUGAAAAUGGAAUCCAUUUUCUAAAUAUGAUAUUAUUUAAAAUACUGUAGUAACAACAAUAAUGUUGAUUUUAUUUUUUUACUUUAUUAGCCAAUGUUCUGUUGAGUGUGAAUCACACCACAUCUUGCUUCUAUCAAUAGUUUUGUUUAAUUAGUUUACUGUGUAAUGCAUUGGCUAGUAUGGUUACAUGCAUAUUUUUACCAUUGGUGGACUUUCUGUAUUCUUGUGUUAAAGAGCACAAUGACUUGACCAUGCUUCAACACUUUUUUAUAUUUAUUUCAAGACUACAAAUAGAAUAGACUUGUUAAAGGGACCUAGAACUUAAAUUAUAUAUUAUAUGAAAAAUACAAUUUUUAAUAUAAGUAAGUUGCAAAGUUGUUUAAAAGUACAUGUUCUAUCUGAAUUAUGAAAUAAACAAAUUGGGUUUCAUGUCCCUUUAAUGAAGCAACCGAUUGGCUGCAUGUGUCAAGCUUCCAGCAUUCAUUUUUUGGAGUGACUUGGAAGCUUAAUGUGUAUAGUUUAAAAAUUUGUGAAACAAGAAUCAAAAAGACAUCAUGAAAAGCAGUUAUUGUUUCUUCCACAUCCCUUUAAUUAUUUACUCUGAGGUUAAAAUAUAUGUUUAUAUAAAAGAGAGAAAAAGAACACUAUGGCUCCUAAGCUUUUUAGCCUCAGGAAAGCCGUGAUACACUUUUGAAAUUCAUGUCAUGCCACUGAUGUUUUUUUAGCAUAUAUGUAAAGCACAAAAGCUGUGUUUUUUAAAGCAGACCGUCUUUACAAUAAUUACUAUUAUAACACAAUAGUGAUGGAAUGCUGUAUAAGACCAGCUUAAAUAUUAAGUAAAGGCAUCAGUUGUGAAGAAAACAACAAAAGCUACAUAAUCGUGCCUGCUUUGCUUUAGUAACCACAACAGUUUUGUAAACCCAGAGAAAUUGUAGGUAUCACGUUACCAUAUGAGGUGACUAAAUGAUACUAAAGGUUUAUUGCAUGACAAUGCAAAUGUUACCUGUUUCACAUAUGUUGCAACAAUAUUACAUACAAAUAGUUUGUAUUUUUUUUUUUUUAAUUUAACGGAAUCUAUUACAUUAGUUUAUAAUGUUUCUAUAUGUACUUACAUCUUAGCAAACACUUUUACUCCAUACUAAAUACUUCGGUAGCAUAAGUAAAGUAGUAAACUAUAUAUAUUCUAUGGGGCAUUUUUAUGAUUGUGCGAGCGGACAUGAUCCGAUAUAAGGGAUCAUGUCCGCUGCACAUCGAUAAAUACUGACAGUAUAUGGCUCUCGACAUUUAUAAUUGCACCAGCAGUUCUAGUGAACUGCUUGUGCAAUACCGCCCCCUGCAGAUUUGUGGCCAAUUGGCCUCUAGCAGGGGGUCAAUCGUAUUUGAUUGGGUUGAUUUCUGUCCCCGCCUCAGAGCAGGCCGACAGGUUAUGGUAACGUGUAACUAUUAUCUUUGCAUAUUCUAUAUUAGAGUAGUUCAUUUCAACAUGCUGUAGUUUGACAAAAAAAACUUACUUUCUAUACUUCUUGUUUAAUAACUCCCUGGCUGCCUCUGUGGUGGUGCUUUAUUUUUAUUUUUAAUUGACAGGCAGAUGGUGCAGCCAAUCGCAAGCUCACAACCCGCUAUAUGCAUUUCUAUGGCAAUGUGCUUUCAGGUGACUGCUUGCUGCUAAUAUUGGAGUUCUGCCUUCAUGGUAAUGUAAACAGCUAAUUGCAGCAGCUGUGCAAGAGCGUGCUGUCACUGAAAUAUAUAGGGCUGGUGGUGUGCUUGCUAUUGCCUGUACCACCCACAUGCCCAUCCUGGUGGUUAUUAAACAGGUAAAAUAUAAAGUGAUCAAAAAAUCAAAAUUCAGGUUUUUUAAUUCAGCUUAUGCAAACUUAUUUCUUACACUUUACCUUCACUUUAAGCUAACAUUCACAUUUCUAAAAUUCUUUGAGGGGGCCUCGCAGUCCUGACAAGAUAAUCUCACCAGACCAGAGAGCUUUAGAUCAUAGGCUCCAUUGUGAUUUAAUAACAAAAAAAAUCAUUUUAUUAUGUUUACAUUUUGGGGACUACCUCAGAUUCCUUCAUUUGAGGAAGAGGUUUUAGUCCCUGAAAUCUCUAUUGAAUUAAUGUAUUUUUUGUUAAACUAAGACAGUGCAGACAUUUUUAUUUUGUUAAUUAUUAUCUUAUUUCCUGUCUUUUUGGUUGUUGGUAGUAUUUUUGGUGACAAUGCCUAAUUACUGGAACUAACCAGAUUGCAAGAUUCUCAGUCCUUAAAAAUAUCCUAUGUGAUUGAUUAAUACAUUUCUUGCAUUCUUUUUUUAAAUUAAAGUAUGGUAUAAUGUUCCUAAACUAGUCAAUCCUUGUAUUUGUAACUUGAAAUCCUUAAAGCCAUAAAAUUAUUUUGAGAGUAAUGUUAAAAUACUAGUGCAUUUCUAUGUAUUUUCUUUUGUAAUUAUCAUAUUGAUAUUGCACUAUUUAUGUGUGUCCUUGAUAAAUGUAAUAAAUGUUGAAUCAAU